UUGAACAUUGAAACCACCCUAUAUUUAAGGGUCUUCUGUCAAAAUCAGCCGCAUGACUGGGAAAAAUAUUUCACAGCCGCCAAAUUCUGCCACAAUCAAAGACCCUAUUCCUUUACUAAUACAUCACCUUUCUAUCUCCUCAUGGGAUAUAAACCA